UCAGAGUGUGUGCAUUCCUUUUUCAUAUGCUCCCUCCCUUUAAAAUCCUAUUUAUAGAAGGCCUACUUUCAGCUUUGGACUGAAACCUGUUUGACAGCAGUGUAAAGUGUGCUGUGUGAAUUGAGAGCUGUCCUUAAUUGCCUUUGCGUGACUUAUGCUAUUGCAAGACCCUCAAAGGUGCAUCAUUUCCCACACAAUUUAAGGUCCAAAAUUUUACCAAAAAGUCCACCCUGUCAGCAAAACAUUUUUGUUUACCUCAGCACUCAACUUGUCUGACCGGCAUGUGCAGUACAGGUCUCAUCACAUGUAAAUCUGGGGAUUCCUUACUUCCCCCUACUGACUAUAUCCUCUUCCAACUUGACAUAUAUAAGUGUGCUGCAGCUUCUUUCAUGAAUCAAUACUCUCUAUAGCCACACACUUUUUGCAGGUCUGAUUUAAGCCUUGAUUUGUUUCAGGAAAUUAAGAAGAAAACAUGUCAAAGGUUGGAUUUUGUUCAUUUGUGUGUUUACUUUUUGUCUGCUGCUGCUGCUUCUGUUGCAGCAAAGCUAUGCCGACUAAAGUCAACCAGGAGGCUGUGAACGAGAGACCUGUGAUCGGUAUCUUGACUCAGCUAGUUUCAGAUGAAGUCAUGAAGCCAUACGGGAGGACCUACAUUCCUGCCUCCUAUGUGAAAUACAUCGAGUCUGGGGGCAGCAGAGUGAUGCCUAUCAAAUUGACCCAUACAACUGCUGAAUAUGAAGACAUCUUCAGGAAGAUAAAUGGCCUGAUUUUCAUCGGUGGAGCUGCAAAUUUGGAGACUUCAGACUAUGCCAGGGUGGCCAAGGUUUUUUACAGGCUCGCUCUGACAGCCAACGAUGCCGGAGACUUCUUCCCCAUCUGGGGUACAUGCAUGGGCAUGCAGCUGCUGACUGUGCUGGUGGCCGGUGAAAGUCUCUUGACCAACACCACAGCUGAAAAUAUAGCACUGCCCCUGAACCUAACUGAAGAGGCCCACUCCAGCAGGAUGUUUGAGGGUUUCCCCAGUGAUCUUAUGAAGGCUUUGCCCCAAGAACCCCUCACUGGCAAUUUUCACCACUAUGGAGUUAAAUUGCAGACCUUCGAGGAAAAUGCGAAGCUGCAGAGUUUCUUUUCCAUCUUGUCGACAAACAUUGCUGAAAACGAAGCCUGCUUUGUCUCAACUAUCGAAGGUAAGAGAUAUCCCUUCUAUGGAGUGCAGUGGCAUCCAGAGGUGAAUCGCUUUCAGUGGAGCAGCAGUCUGAACUUUCCUCACUCCUUUAACGCUGUCCGGCUGUCGUCUCUCCUGGCUGAGUUUUUUGUCAAUGAAGGAAGGAGAAGUUUACAUCAGUUUGACAAUCCUGAGGAAAAGGCUUCGUCACUGAUUUACAACUACUUGCCAGUCUUUGCUGGAAAUUUCACAGGAUACGAGCAGAUCUACUUCUUCUGAAAUCCUCUGGCAUCUGACUGUGUGGGUGUGUGUGUGACACAGCUGCACAGGCACACAAAGUCUUCUGAGUUUUAAUCAUCUGAAAAUGAUUCAGAAUGCAUUUCAUGACACUUUGAGCACCAGAACUUUUAGUUUUAUCAUUGUAAAUGAACUGUGAAUACUUAAAUGUCAUAUUGCUGUUAUCAAGCUGCUUAUUUGCAUAAAUCAGCUUUUUUAAAUGUGUUGUUUUUAAGCCCCUUGUAGUACAAAAUUUGGAUUGGUGCCUUCCAAGCCCAUAGCUAACAUUUAGGAAACCAUGGGCAUGUCCUCUUUGUAUGCAUGACCUUACAAUUGACAUGACUUUAGUUCACUGUGGGCAAUGUAUUUAAUUUGAUAAGUACAUAAACAUAUUUGUUUAGUUAGUGUUUGUACCACUAAAGCACAACAUGAAUUGAAAUAAUAAAGAUCUUAAAGCCUUCAUGACUAAAGAAGCAAAAAUCAAA